GAAAUAAUGCUUUGUAACUUGCCAAUUUUGUGUCUCACUAAAAUUGAUAAGUGAUUAGCUUUUUGAUCGUAUAGAUUGUAAAGCGUGCAGACUCGGGCCGCUGCAGAGGUCUGCCAUGGCCCUAAAAAGAAGACGGGCGACCUCUCCCACCAGCAGUGUGAGCGGAGGGGACUUUGAGGACAGCCAGACGUCCUCUUCCAUGUCCUCAUUUGGCCGAAAGAGACGACGAACAUCAAAUCUCCCAACUGUAGAUCCUAUAGCUGUUUGUCAUGAACUUUACAACACCAUCAGAGACUACAAGGAUGACCAGGGGAGGAUGUUGUGUGAGCUUUUCAUUAGAGCCCCUAAACGAAGGAACCAGCCGGACUACUACCAUGUGGUGUCCCAGCCCAUUGACAUGAUGAAAAUACAACAGAAGUUAAAGAUGGAGGAGUAUGAUGAUGUAGAGCAGCUCACCAGUGACUUUCAGCUUUUAUUCAAGAAUGCAAAGAGUUAUUACAAGUCGGACAGUCCAGAAUACAGAGCAGCCUGUAAACUGUGGGACCUUUAUCUCCGAACCAAGAAUGAGUUUGUGCAGCGAGGCGAGUACGAGGAGGAUGAUGAUGAUGAUCAAGAAAAUCCUGAAGAAGAGAGUCCAGUUUUGACAUUGAAGGAGGUCCUGGAGCAGCUGCUCGAUGCAGUGGUGACUUAUGCUGAACCCUCUGGACGAGUGAUCAGCAAACUCUUUCAACAACUUCCUUCUAAAGUGCAAUACCCAGAUUAUUACGCCAUCAUCAAAGAACCAAUCGACCUGAAAACAAUCGCUCAAAAGAUUCAGAUGAGCCAGUACAGGAGUGUUCAUGGUAUGUCUAAAGAUAUUGAUUUACUGGUGAAGAAUGCAAAAACCUACAAUGAGCCUGGAUCUCAGGUGUUUAAGGAUGCUAACUCUAUCAAAAAGAUUUUUGCACAAAAGCGGUCUGAGGUUGAACACGGAGACCCAAUAAAAUCCAGUAUGCGUAUUCGAAAUCGAAAGUGUGUUCAGGGAGACCGUCUCUCUGCUAUCACUAUGGCUCUUCAGUAUGAGAGCGAUGACGAAGGAAUACUCUCCGGCUCCGUCCACUAUGAUGAGGGUGAAUCAGAGGCUGAGAGCAUGACUUCUAACAUGGACAUGACUAACCCCAUCUUCAUGCUGUACGAGGCCGUGAGGGGGGCAAGAAAUAGCCAGGGACAGCUCAUCUCUGAACCGUUUUUGCAGCUCCCAUCCAGAAAAGACUAUCCUGACUAUUACCAGCACAUCAGCCACCCCAUCUGCCUCGUGCACAUCAAGAACAAGAUGAAGAAUAACGAAUAUGAAAGUGUUGAGAGAAUUGAUGCAGAUCUGACACGGAUGUUUGAAAAUGCCAAACGCUACAAUGUCCCUCACUCCUCUAUCUACAAACGUGCUCUUAAACUACAACAAAUUCAACUGAUUAAAAGGAAAGAGCUCCUACAAAGAGAAGACGAUGAUGGGGACAGCAUGCUCUCAUCAGCCACAUCUGACACAGGCAGCACCAAAAGAAAAUAUUACAAGAAGAACACAAAGAAAUACAGAAUGAAAGUCCUUUUAGCUUCUGUGACAGAGGCACGGGAGGCGGGCACUGGUCGCAGACUGUGUGACUUGUUUAUGGUCAAACCCUCAAAGAAAGAUUAUCCUGACUAUUAUAAAAUCAUUCUGGAGCCAAUGGAUCUCAGGACCAUUGAGAACAACAUCCGAUCAGAUAAAUACAUGACAGAGGAUUCAAUGGUGGAGGAUAUGAAGCUCAUGUUUCGCAAUGCAAGACACUAUAAUGAAGAAGGCUCUCAGGUCUACAAUGACGCUGACAUCUUAGAAAAAAUUAUGAAGGACAAACGCAGAGAACUUGGCCCUCCACCUGAAGAUGAUGACUUGAUGUCUCCGAAGCUAAAAAUAAGAAAGAACAGCAUUGCUCUUAAAAAAUCCAAGUACUUGACGCCUCUUCAGCAGAAACUCCAUGAACUUUACGAAGCCGUGAAAAACUACACAGACAAACGAGGACGCCGUCUUAGCACCAUCUUCCUCCGCCUACCGUCCCGCUCUGAACUGCCUGACUAUUACAUCGCUAUAAAGAAACCCGUGGACAUGGAGAAAAUCAAAAGCCACAUGCUAGCCAACAAAUAUCAGGAUGUUGACGCUUUGGUGGAGGAUUUGGUGCUUAUGUUCAACAAUGCUUGCACUUACAAUGAGCCAGAGUCCCUCAUAUACAGGGAUGCACUGGUGUUGCAUAGGGUCCUAUUGGAGACCAGGCGAGAGUUGGAGGGGGGAGAAGACAGUCAUGUACCUGAUGUGCCAAGGCUGAUCCAGGAGCUCAUUCGGAGUUUGUUUGUUUCGGUUUUGGGGCAUCAAGACGACGAAGGACGUUGCUAUAGUGAUUCACUCGCUGAGAUCCCUGCUGCUGAUCCUGCCAAUCCGGACAAACUGCAGCUAAACUUUGAGAUAAUUCGAUCCAACGUGGAUAAAGGUUGUUACAAGAGACUGGACGUGUUUCAAGAUCACAUGUUUGAGGUGCUGGAGAAAGCCAGGAGACUCAACAGAACUGACUCAGAGAUCUUUGAGGAUGCCGUGGAGCUGCAGCAGUUUUUCAUUCGGAUCCGAGAUGAGCUUUGCAAGAAUGGAGAGAUCCUCAUGUCUCCUGCUCUGAGCUACACCUCCAAACACCUGCACUCCGACGUGGAGAAAGAGAAAAAGGACAAGCUCCCCAGGGAGUUUGAGGAGGACAAAGUGAAGAGAGAGGAGGAGAAACAGGAAGCUGAGAAGCGAGAGGACACAGUGGGAGGGGCAUGGUCCUCUAGCACACAGCGCACAUACAGCCAGGACUGUAGCUUCAAAGACAGUAAAUAUCAUGUUGGAGACUAUGUGUAUGUGGAGCCUGCAGAGCCCAACCUCCAACCUCAUAUCAUCUACAUAGAACGGCUUUGGGAGGACAACACUGGUGAAAAAUGGUUGUAUGGCUGCUGGUUUUACAGACCAAAUGAAACAUUUCACCUCGCCACAAGAAAGUUCUUAGAAAAGGAGGUUUUUAAAAGUGACUAUUACAACAAAGCACCAGUCAGCAAGAUAUUGGGCAAAUGUGUAGUUAUGUUUGUAAAGGAAUAUUUCAAACUUCAGCCUGAUGGGUUUGAGCCAGAUGAUGUGUAUGUUUGUGAAUCGCGUUACUCUGCUAAAUCCAAGUCCUUCAAGAAGAUCAAACUGUGGGCCAUGCCUCUGAACUCUGUGCGGCUGUUACCCAGAGAAGUCCCUCUACCAGUGGUCCGAGUGGCAUCCAUGUUUGCCCCAAAACAAGAGGAAAAAACAGCAGAGACCACUCACGCAGAGAAUGAAAGCAAGUUACACGAUUCCGUAGUUGACAAGGAGAGAGAGGAUGUCCCAAUGGAAAUGAGUAAUGGUGAGCCUGGAUGUCAGUACUAUGAGCAACUUUGCUAUAACAAUCUGUGGCACAAAAUUGGAGACUUUGUAUACAUUGGUUCCCAUGGGUUAGUGCGCCACCGAGUGGGCAGAAUAGAGAAAAUGUGGAUGCGUGACGGAGCUGGUUACUUUUUUGGUCCAAUCUUCAUCCAUCCCGAAGAAACUGAACAUGAACCAACCAAGAUGUUUUACAAAAGAGAAGUGUUUCUCAGCAACCUGGAGGAGACCUGUCCUAUGACCUGCAUUAUAGGGAAGUGUGUUGUGUUAUCUUUCAAAGACUACCUUUCAUGUCGACAAACUGAGAUACCUGAGGAGAACGUACUUCUUUGUGAGAGCCGUUAUAUUGAAAAUGAGAAACAAAUGAAGAAAUUUAAGGGUCUCAAACGCUUUUCACUUUCUGGGAAAGUAAUUGAGGAUGAAAUCUACUAUUUUCGGAAGCUCAUUGUACCUCAGAAAGAGCCAUCGCCACUUCUGGACCAGAAAAUUGAAGAACUGGAGGCCAAGUUUGCUGACAUGACAGAUGAGGAGCUGGAGGACCUUGGAGAUGAUGAUCCAGAUUUAGAUCAUUCACACUUGCAGUCUUCACUGUCCAGUGACUUGGACUUGUUGGCCUACACGCCCCCACAGUCAACACCUAAAUCUCUGAAGGGUCUUUCAAAGAAAGAGGGGUCCAAACGGAAAAUUAACAUGAGCGGCUAUAUCCUGUUCAGCAGUGAGAUGCGGGCCGUAAUCAAAGCCCAGCACCCGGACUUCUCCUUUGGGGAUCUGAGCCGACUUGUUGGGACAGAAUGGAGAAACUUGGAGAGUUCCCGAAAAGCUGAGUAUGAAGAGAGGGCAGCAAAAGUAGCUGAGCAGCAGGAGCGUGAGAGAUCCACUCAUCUGACUUCCCCAAGAGCAGGUACCCCGUUAGGGGCACUGAUGGGGGUGGUGCCUCCUCCAAGCCCUAUGGGCAUGCUAAAUCCCAGCAUGACCUCUAUGUCAGGUGUGAUGGCUGCAUAUAGGACAGCUAUGAUGCCCCGGCAGUGCCAUGUUGAAGGCAUGGUUAGUUUCACUGGCAUCCCACCACAUCACAUGGGGGUGCCUGUGUUCCCCCCUCAUCCUCUGCCUGUUUUGCCUGGGCUUUCCGGAAUGCCACAUCUGGGACUCAAUGGUAUUGGUGGUGGAAGUGGAGGAGGAAAUGUUCAUGGAUCCCAGGUGGGUUUGAUUGGGACAGGGCAGCAGGCCACACCCACAUUCCCCGGUCAGACAGGACAGGCAGUGCACCAGCCCUCCACACCACUGUUCGUGUCUCCACCUGCCAAGUCUCAGCGGCUGCUCCACUCUGAGGCGUAUCUGAGGUACAUCGAAGGCCUGACGCCAGAAUCCUCAACUGUCAGCAAGUGGGACCAAACGCUCUCAGUUAAGAAACAAGAUGUCCGACUGACAAAAGAACAAGAGAGCAGACUACCAUCCCACUGGCUGAAGAGUAAAGGGGCCCACAAGACGAUGGCGGAUGCUCUUUGGCGCCUGCGGGACCUCAUGCUGAGGGACACCCUUAAUAUUUGUCAGAUGCACAACCUGUAGCUUUGUGUAUAACUGAGCCUCUGGCUUUCACCUGUGAAACAGGAAGAACGUAAUGCUCGUUAAAAUGUUGACUUUGUGUUGUCUUAAAUAUGUUUGUAUUCAGAGAAGGUGUAUUCUGUGUUAAAAUAGUUUUCAUUUCACAGUUCAUCAAGUGCAUUAUUGUUGUUAUGAAUGUCAUUUUGAAUUCAAUGCCUUCAUUACAUUCACAAUUAAAUUGUGAACAAUUAAA